UAAACGGGUUUUAUUUUUGCUCAUGCCUCGCGAAAGAGAGGGGAAGAAGUGUUUGGUUUCUGAUUGUGAGCAAAAUGUGGGCAAGUGCUGAAGGGGGUGCUCCGGAGGUUACUCUAGAAACUUCCAUGGGGUCCUUCACCGUCGAGCUGUACUACAAGCAUGCACCGAGAACUUGUAGAAACUUCAUUGAACUGUCUCGCAGAGGAUAUUACGACAACGUUAAAUUUCACCGAAUCAUCAAGGAUUUCAUAGUACAAGGUGGGGAUCCCACUGGAACUGGAAGGGGAGGAGAGUCCAUAUAUGGGCAAAAGUUUGAAGAUGAGAUUAAACGAGAGUUGAAGCACACCGGAGCUGGUAUCUUAUCCAUGGCAAAUGCUGGUCCAAAUACUAAUGGAAGUCAGUUCUUUAUUACUCUGGCACCAUGUCCCUCCCUCGAUGGAAAACACACAAUAUUUGGAAGAGUAUGUAGAGGAAUGGAAAUGAUCAAAAGACUUGGCAGUGUCCAAACUGAUAACAACGAUAGGCCCAUCCAUGACGUGAAGAUACUACGCACCUCGGUCAAGGAUUGAGAUUAGUAAUGGAUCUAAGAAAGAGGCUUGAGAUGAGUAGCAUAUCCAUGAUGUAAUGAAAUUCUAGUUUUAUUAUCAAUUCCUGACAGAGGUAUGACGGGGGAAAUGUCAUGACUUAUUUGGCUUCAUGGUUAACCAUAAGAAUUGUAUUUUUGUGCUUUUAGUCACCAAUACACUGAAGACAUUAUAUAUAUUCCCAAGUCCAUGUUUUUUACCUACAGUUUUGAGACAAUGUUUACUACAG